AUGGUUUCCUCAAACUUAGAUUACAGUGCUGAGUUCCUAGCAAAAGAUCUUGGUUUGUUGGUUGAAAAUGCUACAGAGGAACAACUUGGCACAGCAAGGAAAGUCACGAUACAUCAGACUACAACAACCCUCAUAGUAGAUGCAGCCAGUAAAGAUGAGCGUCUUGGCGCUGAUAUUAUUCAAAAGGCGUUGGUAGCACCUGCUUCAUUGAUUGCACACAAUGCUGGAGUAGAGGGUGAAGUGGUAGUCGAGAAGAUCAAGGAGAGCGAUUGGGAGGUGGGCUACAAUGCAAUGACUGACAAGUACGAGAACCUGAUGGAGGCUAGUGUGAUCGACCCUACCAAGGUGACCAAGUGUGCGCUCCAGAAUGCGGCCUCUGUAGCUGGAAUGGUCCUAAUCACACAGGCCAUUGUUGUUGAGAAGCCAAAGCCGAAGCCUCAAGUGGCAGAGCCACCGGAGGGAGCCCUUACCGUUUAAAACUUAACGUUCUUGAGGCUGCUGUCCAGACGGUUCAGAUCAGUUGAGAGGGUAGAACUUUGGUUUGAGAAUUUUGGUUCAGAUCCACUGGGAGUUGUAGAGUAGGAUUGCUAUUUUGCAGACGAAGAGUAAUUUUACUCUGGUCUGAACUUAUCCGAAUCAAAGACAUUUGCAUCACCAUUUUUU